AAAACAUUGUUGACUUGACAUGACAAGUUGACAGCCGAGUGAACUUAAAGAAAUUACGAAUUGUAGUUUAAAAACAUUUUUAAUUUUAUUUAUAAUUGCUUGUGAAAUUUUAGAAAAAGUGAACAUUUAUUUUAUAUUCAGUUAUAAGUGACGUCUCAUAAAACAAUGCCUUCGGGCCGUAAAAGAUGGAAUCUCCAUGAUGGACCACAAGGCUCUCUAAGGAGACUGCGUAACCAGCUGGCUGAAGAUGGAUGUGCUGAGUCUCAAGUUGUUCUCGCGAAACAACUAUUAGAAGAAAAAUGUGAAUUGGAGGCUGAUAAGAUAUCGAAUUUCAAACAGGCAUUGGAAUGGCUCAUUUGUGCUACCGAACAAGCUCACCCAGAAGCUAGAAGAAUGCUCCGAAGGUGUAUUAGAAGUGGCGUGAUAGACGAAGACAGCGCUCCGAUAGUGAGAGCAAAGUCGUGCUUAGCGGCUAGUCGUCAAGAGACCGUGGCGAGGAAAGCAGCCAGGGAUCUAUUUGCAAGUCUAUCUAACGGGGAACAGUAUAUAACAACCGCGCAACUGGAGCGACGCAUUCGUGAAAUAUGUUCCACGACCUUAAGGAAGGACCCUGAUGAUGACGCGCUCGAUGAUGAAUCACCAGAAGAAGCAAGAGCACUAGAUGGGGAACAAGCCUUAGAACCGUCUCAGCUUCAAGCUGGUGACCACAUUCAUACAAAUGGCACAAUUCGCACACAUGACCUUGAAGACGAUUAUACAGACAGUUACAGUCAAAAUGAAGAAAUUCGAAAUCUAACAGUAGAUAACUUAGUCACCGCAGCAGUAGAUUAUUGUCAGGGCGAAUUGCCUCUAGUCAGCUAUGAAUUGACCCUAACAGACCCUAGCAUUAAAUCCUUAGAUCAUAUCCCAAUUUUACACCAAGCAUUCCUACAUCCACUAGUUUUUAUAAAAGUUCUUUAUCUUAAAUUAUUGUAUUAUUUCGGGUCGUUUUCAUUCAGACUCUCAAAUAUCGAGCUCUCUCUGCUUCUAAUAGCGUAUCUGUCAGUCAGUACCGACAGCUUGUAUCAUUUAGUGCCAUUAGUUUUCUACUACGUCAGUAUUAUUGCAAUGGUGAUAUGCACGUUUAAAAUGUUGCUCGCUAAGCGUCAGUUCAUCGACUUCAGGAAGUGGUCCGGACUAUUUCUGAGAUACAGCGAUGGGAAUUUACAGCCAGACGAGUCGGAGAACUUGUUUGUGCGUAAUAAUCUCGGUCCUUUCCUCCAGUUCUUUUUAGCGUUAUUCGUUAAUUUGUUCUUGUAUCCGUUUAUUGCAACCCAAUGGGUUCCGUUUUCUGAAUUCUGCGUAUUAUCAUUUUGUCUAAUGUUUUUGACAUUGUUCUCGUUCGGCACAAAUGGUAGCCCAUAUCCAGAUAUAUUGGCACUGAUUUCUUUCGGUAUUAACGUGCUUGCAAAGUAUCCUUACGAGAAAGACACGGUAGUUCAUCAGGGCUGGCGUUUUCUUGAUUUACAUAUAUCGAAUUAUCCAUCUUAUAUACUCGGGAACAGCAUCGAAUUUUGCUUGAAUGCACGUGUGUUUUUCUCCCUUUUAAUUCCUGGUAUCUUGGUGCUGAUGACUAGAAGAUGUAAUUGGCAAGGUUUUCUCAAGUAUACCCUACCACAUUGCGUUACGCUUAGCUGGUUACAAAUGUUCAUAACCUGUUCCCAUGGUUGUACAACCUACGGUUUGAUAAGAGGCACUUUGGCGUUGGUUUGUUCGUUUCUGUUUUUGCCUUUAAUGGGUAUAAUUACUGUGACACUGCCGAUCUUUGCAUUUCUCCAAUAUGUUACGAUGUCGAAAUUGUUUUACACUUUGACGGUUAUGACUGGACUCACAGUCGGUUUAGGUGUUACAUGCCUUUUGGCGAAGUCGGAAGCUACUAAAAAGUUCGUCACACCGUUUCAGCUCGCCGUUGGUCUAAUUACAUUAAUUUACAUUGGCAAUCAGUUCUUUAUACGCAUCCAAGACGACGGCUUACCUUCCAGCCUUAUCGAAAUAAUAGGCGACGAAAAAUCAAGCAUAAAGAACUUACUAAAAAAUGAAUUCAUAACGGAAUACGAAGUUAAUACUUAUAACAUAAAUUGGGACGAUUAUUACAACCAAUGUAACACGCCAUCGUGGUCGGAUUACAAUAUGGCGUCCACUCAAAUCAAAUGUUCGAUUCUCGAAGGUGCCAACAUAAAUUGGGAGGGUUAUGUUAAGGAUGUCAAAAUAAAGAGCGUAAGGAAUCAGUGGAGUUCGUUCGCGUCAUGGUUGCCUGGUAUUUUGGCGGAGUAUUUCAAGUGUUACUACGGCGAGGAAUUUUCGACUUUAUGUCAAAGCGAAGAAGGUGUUAUCGUGGAUGACUGCGAAUUCGUGACGAGCGUCGCUCGGCAAAGCGGGAAGAGCUGUCAUUUGAACAACUUGAAUGAAUAUAAUUAUGAAGUCACAAUCAACAUGGAAGCAAAUGGGGGACUAUUGAAGCGUCACACGGAAAUAAUCCUGACAUUAGACCAUUUCUUUACAAAUUUUACUCGGUUAUUGCGUUCAGACGAUAAAAUUCGAUUUAAGGGCGUUUUGUCAAACGAGCCUGGCUCUUAUAACAUAGGCAAUAAGGACUUAAAUGUGAAAGGCUUUGAAAUUAAUUGCGUUGAAUGUAAAGUUGCAAGGGGUACCAUAAGUUCGAGAAGUCAUUCGACAUCAAAAUUGUCUGAGCUUUGUCGGACGAUUGUUAACGAUUGUAUUGUUUCAGCGAAAUAUAUAUUGAAUUUUUUAUUGAAUCCUGUAAUAGUUUUUAAAUAAAUUUUCACUUUAAAUGCCAUAUUUUGUUAAUUUAUUUGUAAUGUUUGAUUGUAGUCUAGUUCAAGAUUUCCCAAUAAGUGGAAUGUACUUCAGGGGAUAAAGAAGCGCAAUCAGAUUAAGGGUUGCCCAUGGCGUAUAAAUAUUUUGAAGAUUUUUUUUUUUAAAUCAAUAAUACACAAAAAUAAACAACAAGUUUUGGCAUGUAUUAAUGUAACGCUCCAAAAAUUUAUAUUUUGGACGUGAAAAUGUGUUUUGUUAGUUUUCGAAUUUGAUGCAAAAUUGUUUGGAAAUUCCUGGCCUAGUUGAUAAUAUUCCUAUAUCAAGUUUUAAAUCAUUAGAUAUAUUGAAAUCAGUAUUGUGUGUUUUGUUAUAUAGGUGUUAAAUUAGUAUCGCUUGCAGUGUCUAUUGAAAAUUAAAUAUUGAUAUAAAAUUUAAAAAAAAAAGUGUAUUUUCAAAUGUGAAUAUUUUUUGUACAAAAAAACGGGUACGCGCCAUCAUACGUUUCAUAGUUUAUCCAAUUUAAGGUAAUGUCUCUUUUCCUAAAUUAUUAAUGAUAUACAUAAUUAUUUUUAGAACGUCUAUACUCGUUUGUGUAUUAUAUUUUUUAAAUACUAUUUUUUAAAUAUUUUACAGUCUAGAAUAUAAAAAAAAUAUCAAAUUCGAUGUUACUUAAUUUGGAUAAAUUUUGAUAUUUGGAUAAAUAAAAAAAAAAACUAUGAAAGAAUUGUGUAUAGAAGCAUUAUAUUUAUGUUAAUUGAAUGAAGACUGCUUUUUCUGUAUUUUCGUGUGCGUUUCAAAAUUUAAUUAAUGGUUUUUUUUUUUUUGCAAUUAGUUCGAAAUCUAUUCAAAUGAAUAUGAAAAACAUUGAAAACAAUGAAGUAUAAAAAUCAUCUGUCUUUGACCAUUUUUACUUUCAUAGAGGUUUAAAUAUAACUCUAUAUAAAUGUUUCUGAACUUCCUAAAUUACUGAAGUAAUUCUUUAAUUAAUUGGCAGUUCUUGAAUGUUUAUAAAUGCCAAUGGUACACGGUCUAUGGGCUUAAUUGCCUACCAUUAACGUCCACUUUCUGAAAUUCUAAGUUAAAUUUACUAAGCUAAAUACUGAAAGCUCAUUAGUCGCCCAUUCGCAUCGGUUCCCAUCUACCAAUCAGAUUUAAGUUACGUGUUUCAGAAAGUGGAGGUAAAUUACCUUUUAAUUUUUUUGAAAAGAACUCUUGCAUUAGAUGUCUGAAAUUAAGUAUAAUUUGAAAAAAAAUAAAAAUUAAUAAAAUAAACAUUUUUAAGCUGUAUUAAUAUUGCUUUCAAUUUAUAGUUCAUUUGUGUAAAUGUAUUUUUAAUGAUUGCUUGUAAUAUGUCAGAUGCUUUAUUAGAAACAGCCUUAUUUAACUACCUAACCCCCCCAGGCUAAUAAACACCACGUACUAUUUAAAAAUUUUGUGUGUCGUUACAAAAGUUAUUAUUAAGAACAUUAAUGUAUGUAUUUUAUUAAUUUAAAUGAUUAUUAAAUGUUAAUAAAUAACGCCUAGUGUGAAGGUGUGAUGUUUUAAAUGUGACAAUAUAGUUUAUUAACUUCCAAUGUAAUAAAAAAUAUAUUUUCAUUGAAUCUCA